CAUCCACUUAAAAUAAAAAUCUCAAAGCCGAUUCGAUGCUUAACGAAAGGGUUUAAUGGCGAGCUUCGAUGCGAAGACGAUCGUCAAGGACAAGAGAUUCUGGGUCGCUUCCUUUCUCAUCGCCUGGGCUGCUGGUCUCCAGGGCCACAUGAUGUGGCUGCAGAAGCAAGAGUCUUUCAAGCAGAAAUUCGGAACAAUCGAUGAAGACGACAAGAAGUGAUUCAGUCAUAUUAGCUGGAGGAUUUCUUGGUCUCUGAAAUGUAGCUGUUUUGUGAGCCUGAGGAUGAUUCGAUUUGUAUGAAAUUUCAUCUUUACAAACACAAAAAUCAUGCUCUUUUCUCUGGCUAAUUUGGCAAAUUCCUCAAAAUUUCUGGAGUUGUUUGCUAGAAGAAGUUGCCAUCUUCAUAUUGCAAUUAGUCUCUGUAAUAUGUGUACAAGUCUAGUUUCAAGAACUUAAUAAAGAGAGCUUUUUUAUGUUA